AUGCGAUGCCGACACGUCCGUCUGGCACCCACAUGUUCGGCUCGAUGUCUCACCGCCAAUCAUGCGAGCGCUGCCGGCAGCAGAAAGUCCGGUGUCUUCGAGACGCCACCUCUCAGAAGCCAUCACCAGGCCAGCCGCUGCCAAAAUGCUCCAAAUGUGCAAAGGCAGGCACAGCGUAUCACUACAUUAAGAGCCAAGACAAGAAGAUCGUGCUUCAGUUCUGAGAAUAGUAUGGGCCUGUCAUCUUUAGAGAAACAGACGGGUGGUUCUCUAGAAGAUGAUUGGCUUGACUAUGACAGCUUCAACUGGAGCCAGACUAGCACAAUGGCCCAAGCAGACCUUGACCUCGAGAAUACGUCUCAGAAUAUUGAUCCAGACCUGAAGAUGAGUAAUGACUUUAUGACUGGGAUGGAUGCACACUUGGACGAGGGACAAUGGUGGGAUGAUACAACCCCCGAUUCAAACACCAUCUUCCAAUGUCGAAGCUAUGGCUGUGGGCACCAAGACCAUCUCAGCUACGACCGCUCUGCUCCAUCCCAGCAGCGCUCCAGAAAGAUGCUGGAAGAUUCACUCUACUGGCUUAUGUCUCCUGUCAGUGAGACGGAUCUACACGAUAUGCUGGCUGAGGUAAUCGCGGGCGACCGACAUGAUCUCAUUACAGGUAUUCGUGGUGAUAUCUGGACCUACACUUGGCAAGAACAACCGCGUUUAUGGCAUUACCUCCAGUCCGAGGACGGUAGCGAUGAUGCCACAGCCAAAGAAGGCAGCAAUGCAUCUCUCAAAGUCCAGCUUGCUUCAUCUGUGGCUGAUCCAGAUGCCUGUGUCGCCCUCCUCCUUGGUGGCUUUACCUCGGCAUUAUGUGGAAUGUUGCACAUGAAGUCAGAGGAGCUUGACACUAAUGUCCCAGUUGCUAGUAUUGGCAUCGAUUCACUUGUGGCUGUCAGGGUUAGAGAAUGGUUUAUGCAGCAGGUUGGUGUAGAGGUGUCUGUAUUAAAGGUGAUGUCUUUAAAUACUCCUUUACUUGCUUUAUGUAAGGAUGUUCUUGCUAUAUGGAGGAAACAGGUAAAGGCUUAA